UUCCACCGGACUACCUUUUCAGUAUUUCCGUUUUUUCCCGGGAAUUUUCCAGUGGGACAACCUGGAAUAAAACGUUAAGUGUACGUGUCAAGGUCACAGGAAGUAUUUGUUGUUUACCCAGAAACGGAAAGCUGACGUCAUUUUGGUAUCACUCCACCAGGUGCGGUAAUUGGAAAUGCGGAAAGUAACCUUUGUUAGUCGACGGUUUCUUUUCGAAGUUUUUUCCCUUAUCGCUUAAAAUCACAGUGCUUUCUAAGAAGCAAAAAAGAUAACUGAAAAACCCAGACAGCAGUGAAAAGUGAUUUGACGCAUUCAACUGAGAUUUGCUUCGGGUUUUGUCGAAGUUUAGAAGGGUUCAUCAUGCGUGUACACGUCAAUUUAUUGAACGCAAAGACAAUUUCUGUGGAAGUGCAAUCUUCAGACACUGUCAAGAAGCUGAAGGAAAUAAUAUCUAAAGCUACUGGAAUUUCGCCUGCCUCUCAACGUCUCUCGCAGAAAAGAAAUGGCAAAGAGAUCGAUCGUCGUACCAUUAGUGUGGGAAAUUUGAUUAAACCGGACUCGCUCAUUUAUGUCGCCUACAAAGAGCUGACCUCAAUAAAUUCAUUUUAUAUUAAUGCUGUGACCGGAAAAGGAAGAGUUCUGACGGUAACUCUGGAAGAAGGACAAUCUUCCACAGUCAACGAUCUGAGGAGAAAGCUUUCGAGUCGGGCAAUGCUUGGUGUUCCAGUACGCAGCCUGUUUCUGCGGCGUAUAGACUCGUCUUUCAAGAACAAGUGCUUAGCAGAAUCCUUUAACAGUUUGGAGGAAUCUGGUGUCAAUCGUGGUUCAGUUGUGUUCGUGCAAAUUCAUCCAUAUGAGGAAAGCUGGUUCCAUGGGAAAAUAUCCUGUGACCAAGCAGAGCAGAUCAUGUCUUCUGCAAUUGGUGGACAAUUCCUUAUCAAAGAGAGUUUACAUUAUCCUGGAGAUUAUGUCAUUUUUGUUCGUAUUGAUGGAAAAACCAGGCACUGGAGGGUGUCCUGGAGCAAGACAAUGCAGUUUACAAUUGAUGAUCAAGAAUAUUUUGACAGCAUCACCAGCAUGGUGAAAUACUACCAAAACAACACAGGAUGUCAUUUGCCAAUCAAACUGACGGAGCCUGUAAGCAGACAAGAGGUCACCAAUGGAAGUGCAGAUGAUUCCUCCCUGCGUACAGGGGAAGAUGAUAACCUAGAAAGAGGAAGUCUUUACACAAAUCCAGUUUCAGAAAUUAAUCUUACUGUGAUAGUUGGUCAAGAUACUUACUCACUUCUAACAAGUCCUUUCUAUCAAGUGGAUCAUUUGAAGAAACAAGUUGAAGAAUUGAGUGGAGUGCCUGUUGACUCUCAGUUAUUAAGACUUAACGACAAGGCAUUGGUGAUGCACAAUUUUUCUCUGAGAGACCAUCAUAUUUUGAACAAUGCAACUAUUCAUGUCCAAGUUCACCCAUGGAAUGAAGAUUGGUAUGUUGGCAAAAUGUCAGAGAAAGAAAUAGAAUCUGUUGUCAAGAAGCUGGGCCAAUUAACAGAUGGAAUGUUCCUCAUCAGAGAUAGUUCUAGUUCUCCAGGAGAUUAUGCUCUUUUGGUUUGGUUUAAGGGCAGGCGUAGGUCCUAUCGAGUGUCUUAUAAGAAUCAGUCCUACAACAUUGAAGAGAAAUUGUUCUUUGGCAGCCUGUCUCAGUUGGUAGAGCAUUAUAAAUGCCAGAGUGGUCUUCUACAAACACUUCUAACUGAGCCUGUGAAAUUUAAUAGAGAACAGCAAGGUCUCAUUCCACCUGCCUUUCUAGCAAGAGGUCCCAAAGCCAAAGAGGCUUACCGAAGAGCUUUAGAACACGGUAAAACAUGCGAUAUUCGUGUGAGAGUCAUGCUGAUUGGACAAGACCAUGCAGGCAAGACAAGUGUUAAACGAUCGCUUAAGGGUGACGAGUUCAACAGAGAUGAGGCAAGAACAGCAGGUGUGCAGAUGGACCCCCCUUUGUUAAGGGUCGGAAAGAGGCCAUGGAAACCAGAAUCCAUUUCUAAUGAGCUACCUAUUACUAUGUUUGAUCACAAGAGUGCUCAGUUGGUGGCCAGGCAGUUAUCAAGAGACCAUGACGAACCAAUCAUGUCACCCAGUAAAUCUGCUACUUCUGAUGUACACAAUGAAAAACCUGAAGAUAGACAAAGUCUGUCCAAUGGGGUGCACAGCGAAGGAGAUGAUUUUAAUUUUGAAAAAAAUCACACACGGACCAGUAUUCCAUCCAGUGGUUACGGAAGUUCAUCAAGUGGUGACAGGAGCUCUCGAGACUCGCCCACGUUUCCACAUAUUGAACGUAAAGUGUUGAAUGUUGGUGUUGAAUCGGAGGGGAAAAAUCCCCUUCUUGAACCCACUUCACCAAUCGUUCAAGAUGAAGUGUUUGCUAGAGACCCCGAACCUUUCCGUGAUCUGUCACAGGAGAUCAUGACCUUGGUAGAACGUAUUCUUAAAGAAGACAAUCACUCGGUUGGUGCAGAUCAGAUAUGGCCAGUGAUCUGGGAUUUUGCUGGCCAAUCCCUCUAUCACGCCUUACAUCCCAUCUUUAUGUCGCGUGAAGCUGUGUAUCUACUUGUGUCUGACUUGAGCAAAGACCUGUUCGAAAAGGCAGACGACAAUGUAAAGCAAACGGAAAAGCCAGGUUUCAGGACGGCAACAAAGAGCGAGUCUAGUCUCGAUCAUCUCAUGAAGUGGAUGGAUUUGGUUCACUCUUUUCAGGACCCAACCCUUAAUGCCUUAGAUAUACAAAGUUGUGCCCAGCCUCCGGUCAUCUUGGUUGGUACUCAUGUCGAUAAAGUGACUGGAGAUCCAUGGGAUGCCAUGAAUAAUAUCCUCAAGAGUUUUGAAGGGAAGGCCUUUUCAUGCCACAUUGUCGACGACAAAUUUGUUGUCGACAACACUCGUGCUGGACAGCCUUUCGAACGUGAGGAUCAAAAUGUCCAAAGACUCAGAGAGAAAAUUAUCUCGGUGGCAUCAACAUUGCCUCACACCAAACAACUCAUUCCUCUACAAUGGCUCCGCGUUGAGAAAUUACUUCAUCGCUUAGCCAGCAAAGGAUACAAGCACAUCACCAAAAUGGAAUUCAGGGAAAUUUCUAACAAAAUUUGCCAGUUCGAAGUGGAAGAGGACAGUGAGGAAUUGUUGCAUUUUUUGUGCGACUGCGGUGCAGUUCUUUACUUCAGUCACGAGUCGAAUCUGUCCAACAGCCUGGUGAUACUCGACCCGCAAUGGCUGAUCAAUGUAUUCUGCGAAAUUCUCAAAAGUGUCCCAAGCAAGAAGGAUUUAAUUCAAAUUCGGGAGAAACGCCGCAUUCUUGCUGAAGAUGGGAUCUUGUCCAAAGAACUUAUUAACUAUACAUGUAAGAAACUUGACCUUCAAUUCCCCCAAGAAACGUUACUUUCAAUCAUGGAAAAGUGUAACCUCAUCUGUCGCUGGAAUGAGCAAAAUGGCAAAGAGGUGUAUCUUGUUCCCUCGAUGUUUACGGCUAAACCAGACGGAGAGAUAUCUGGACUGAUUGGUCAAGGGAAGCUUGCCCCAAUUUACAUUCAAUUUUCCUCAGGAUAUGUUCCCUAUGGCUUGUUUUGCAGAUUUCUGACCUUGUUUGGUCAACAAAUUUCUCCCAAGUGUCCUGCCACACCUCCGAAGCUUUUUGCAAACGCAGCUCGAUUUUUUCUCGGCCAGAAAAGCAACUACAAUUUGACGAUAGCUUGCUUCAAGAGUGUCAUAGCAAUUCAUCUGUUGUUUGAAGGGAAGUGUGAGGUUGGACGAGAAACGGCUUCCAUCAGCAAACAUAUCUGCAGGUUAGUGUUUUAUGUAAAUAAAUGUCAUUUGGAAUCACACAAUUUCGAUGUUGUUCAGCGCAGGAGCGAAAAGUUUAUUGACUAA